UCUUUCUUUUUUUUUCAUUUCUCCAUUUUCACUUUCUCGUCUCUCUGUCCUCUCUCAAUUUCUUUCUCCUUCCCACUCUCCUUCAUUCCCUAGAUCUAGCUGCAGGGAGGGCGCGCUACCUGAAGGAGCCGUGGCGAGCGGCAACACGCUGGAGUGGCGGCGAGUGGCAACAUGCUCGAAAACAGUGACUCGGCAGAUCCCACCCAAACUAAUAUCAGCGUAGCGGCGGCAGGCACAAUGGUAAGCUCCCAAAGCGAGAACGAUGGCUCCAAGGCCGGAGUGGCCAGAUCCAUGCGGGGUGUAGGGUGCUGCCAGAUCCACUCACCAGAGGGACCAGAUCUGUAUGGGUGCCAUCUAAUCCGGUCGUCUGAGCAACCUAAUCUGCACGGAUGCCGCCGGGAGGCAGGGGAAUGAAGAGGGGUGCACACAUGAGGCAGAGAACGUGGUCAGGAGGGGGACGAUCCGGACCUGCUGCUGUUGGAGAUCGACUGUAACAAGCCCCCUUCACUCCAAAUAAGUGGGUACAGCAAGCAUCCAAUGGAUGUAGCCAGGUGAGCCGUCCGGACGAUAAUUGUUUCCACUUAUAUUACUUCUCGAAAUAUAGCUUUGUAGAUCGUAGAUGAUCUUCAAUUUACUGAUGAGUAUCCUUUGAAAUUAAUAUGCAUUGAUCUCCUAUAAUAACAUUUUUUUUCAAAUUCGGCUAUAAAUUACUGCCGCCUAUGCACUUCACCACACCAUCUCUGUUGCACAAGUUCAAAAUUCUUUUUGGUGCCUGCUGCCUAGUUAUCCACAGAGGCCACCAUGGGAAGCUCCUCAACCAUUUCUUUGCUCUUCUUCUUGAUCCCAGUUCUUCUGCCAGGCGCCAUGGCAACAAUUUUCGUGUUCACAAACAGGUGCCCGGAGACGAUCUACCCCGGCGUGCAGACGAACCCCAACCGGCCGGCGUUCCCGACCACCGGCUUCGCGCUGCCGCCCGGCCCCGACGCCGCCUUCCCCGGCGUCCCCGCCGGCUGGUCAGGCCGCAUCUGGGGCCGCUACCGCUGCGCCACCGACGCCUCCGGCAGCUUCGGGUGCGCGUCCGGCGACUGCGCCACGGGGCACGUCGAGUGCAACGGCGCCGGCAACCAAGCGCCGAGCACGCUGGCCGAGUUCACGCUCAACGGCCAGGGCGGCAGGGACUUCUACGACAUCAGCAACGUCGACGGCUUCAACGUGCCCAUCCAGAUCCUGCCGUACGGCGGCCAGAGCUGCGCGACGGUGACCUGCGCCGCCAACAUCAACGCGGCGUGCCCGCCGGAGCUGGCGGCGCGGGCGGCGGGCGGCGCCACGGUGGGGUGCCGGAGCGCGUGCGGGGCGUUCAACACGGACGAGUUCUGCUGCCGCGGGGAGUUCGGGAGCCCGGACAGGUGCCGGCCCAGCAGGUACUCGCAGUUCUUCAAGGCGCAGUGCCCGCUGGCCUACAGCUACGCCUUCGACGACGGGAGCAGCACCUUCACCUGCGCCUCCGGCGGCAAUUACCAGAUCAUCUUCUGCCCUUGAUUAUAUUAAUCUAGUUUUUCCUGCUGGAUUUCGGAACUGUGUUUCAAAUUGAAUAAUCGUUGUUGCAUCUCUCGAGCUACUGUUUAAUUAGGUUCAGGAUUUAACUGAUUUUCACUGUAACAUGCCCGUAUUUGUUGGUACGGCUUCAACUCUUUUCCUAAGAUCAGACUACUGUGUGUUUCAAUGGCACUAGUGCCUUCAA